AUGGCAGAAAUGCAUACUUCCAGCCAAAUCAUAUCCCUGAACGACGACACAGCCCUCCAUAUGAAGAUUUACAUGGGGGAAGAAAGUAUCGCGAUAGGAAUCAUCGAAGCAAGCAGUCAGGAGCAAAUUACAAAAGCCAAUAAGUUUGGAAACACAGCUCUUCAUGAAGCUGUAGCAACUGGUUGUGUACCAGUUGUGAAGAAGUUGUUGCAAAAGGCACCGAAGUUGCUGGACACUCCAAACAAGAAAGGAGAAAGGCCUCUCUACACAGCAGCUCACUUUGGUCAGACCGAAAUUUUCAACUUGCUAGCUGAACAACUGAAAAAUGUUCCUGAUCUUAGAGUCCAUUUCUGCUCCAUGUAUCCUGCUGAAAAACAUGAGUUCUCCUACCACCCUCAACGCAUACGCAGUACCAUUCUUCAUGCUGCAAUACAUGCCGAAUUCUUUGAGCUUGCACUUAGCAUAGCUAAAACGCCGAAGUAUGCAAAAACUGUUCAACAAAUGGACAAAAAUUCGAAGACUCCUCUUCACCUCCUCUCAUCCAAUUCUUCAGCAUUCAAGAGUGGAAUGAAAUAUGGACAAAUCAAGAGGUUCAUUUACAACUGUGCUCCAUAUGAAGAUGCUAAUGGAGAAUAUGCUCAUGAACAAAAUUCCAGUGAUGAUACUAAUGGAGAAGAUGCUCAUAAACAAAAUUCCAAACGAUCAGCUACUCUGUUUCGAAUUCUAAGACGAGUCAUCUCUUCAGUUAAUAGAUCGGUUUGGAAUGUUCUUCGAGCAUGGAGUACCAUGAAGAACAUCUACGACGAAAAGAAGAGGCAUGGAUUGGCUUUUGAACUCGCCAAGAUUCUGAUUGUAGCAGACCAUUCAUGGGACGUCACACGAGUAUCAGCAAUUGAAGGCAUGGAUGAGACUGCUCGUGAAAAUGUCCCACGCCCAGAUUCCAAUAAUUCAGAUGGAGAAACAACAAACCGAUCACUGAAAAAGAAUACUCCUCCUAUUCCAUUGUACAUUGCAACAGAACAUGGAAUAUUUGAAAUUCUGAAGGAGAUUCUUACAGUCCACAAAGCGGCAUACGAGUAUAGAAAUACAAAGGAUCAAAACAUACUGCACCUGGCCAUUAUGCACCGUCAGUGGAAAAUCUUUGAGCUUGUAAUAGAUAUGGACGGAACUAGGAAGAGGUUGAUACGACAACUCGAUACGAAUAACUUCACGGUAUUGCACCAUGUUGGCAACGUAGACUAUUACAAUGGGGGCACCCAGCCUGGUCCUGCACUCCAAUUGCAAGAAGAGCUAAAGUGGUUCGAGAAGGUGAAGGCGUUAAUGCCACAACAUUAUCAAAAAUUCCGUGCUCGGGAAGACAAAGACACCACCCCCCUACAGAGCUUUCAUGAAAGAUAUGUAGAGAUUCUCAAAGACUUAUCGAAAUCUGAGAACAUUGCCGUGGAUAAGAUAACAACACCCGAUGAUCCUGAAGGAAAGAAAUAUGAGAUCCCGUCUGAGAUCCCUAAAGAGUACUUUCGUCGCACACAUGAUCCGCUUCUCAACAGCGCACGAGAAUGGCUGAAGCGGACCUCCGAGUCGUGCUCGACGGUGGCCGGACUAAUGGCCACCGUCGCCUUCACAGCCGCCUUCACCGUCCCUGGAGGCAACGACGAGCAAAGUGGCACUCCACGCCUUCUUCACAGCCCUUUCUUCUUGGUCUUCGUAAUCACCGACGCUCUAUCCCUAGCCAGCUCGCUGACUUCACUCGUCAUGUUCCUCUCCAUCCUGACGUCACCGUUCGAGCUCGAGGACUUCCGACACUCUCUCCCUCGGAAGCUCAUCCUCGGCUUCACCUUCCUCUUCUUAUCGGUGGUGGUGACCAUGGUGGCCUUUGCCUCCACUCUGAUGCUGACAAUUUCCAUGAAGAAUAGAGUGAUCAAAAUUUUCGUCUACUGUGUUGCGUUUCUUCCCGUCAGCGUGUUUGCACUGUUGCAGUUCCCGUUGUGGGUGGCCUUCAAAAAGAGUCUCGAGGCCAUGCAAAGCGUAUGGCGUUCAAUCUUGCCUGCGACUCAUUCGAAAACCGCCAAGACCCAAUAGCUUUGGGACACCUAGAAUUAACUCAAAGGACAUGGUAACCUAUAUAUAUGUGUGUAUGUGUUUGUUUUGAAUAAUUUUUGGCAAAACAUGUUUUGCCGACUCUAUCAAAGAACUGCUUGUGUAGCCGAUCAGAGCACAUCUUCAGCCAAACCCCAUUUGAAGAUUCCAUCUGAUCAGGCGGGGGGCGUUUCUAUUUGA